AUGAUAAAUACAACUGUAGUAAUCAUUGUGCUAAUAUUGGUCCACGCACUCCCCCUGGUCCUGUACUGUGGGCUGAAGCCCAGGAAAGUGCCAACAUAUUCCUUCGAGACAGCUGCUGUUGCUGCAGAUGCAGGGAACUGUUCAGAGAUUGGCCGGGAUAUUCUGAGGCAGAAUGCCUCGGCUGUGGAUGCUGCCAUUGCCAGUUUGCUCUGUGUUGGACUCAUGAAUGCACACAACAUGGGGAUUGGGGGAGGCUUCUUCAUGACCAUUUACAAUGCACAGACAGCCUCUGCAGGUGGGAUUAUAACUCUUGAGGACCUGAGAGGUUACAGAGCUCAUUACCUAUUACCUAAAGAUAUGGUGAACAUAUCGAUUGGUAACUACACGUUGUUUGUGCCAAGUGCCCCUACCAGUGGACCUGUGCUUGCAUUGAUACUGAACAUCCUGAAGGGUUACAAUUUUACUUCAGAUAGUAUUUCUUCUCCGAAGCAGAGGGCCUUGACAUAUCACCGAAUAGCUGAAGCCUUUAAAUUUGCAUUUGCAAGGAGAGGCAUGAUGGGAGAUCCACGAUUUGUCAACAUGACUGAGUUCGUUUCCAAUAUGACUUCAGAGUAUUUCGCGGCAAAGCUGUGGAGUAAAAUCUCAGACAAUAUAACACGUCCUACAGGAUACUAUGAGCCUGAGUUCUACACCACCGAUGAUCAUGGGACAUCCCAUUUGUCCCUUGUAGCAGAGGAUGGCAGUGCAGUGUCAGUAACCAGCACCAUUAAUUUAUACUUUGGGUCAAAGGUGAGGUCCAGAAAAAAUGGGAUCAUUUUCAAUGACGAAAUGGAUGACUUUUCUUCGCCAGGCACAAAGAAUUCAUUUGAUCUUCCAUCUUCCCCAGCCAACUUCAUCAUGCCAGAUAAAAUACCCCUUUCAUCUAUGUGCCCUGUCAUUCUCCUUGAUCAAAACAAAUCCGUAAAGAUGGUGGUGGGAGCCUCAGGAGGACCGAGAAUCAUUACUGCAACUGCUCAAGUGAUAAUGAAUGUGUUGUGGUUUAAUUACACUGUUAAGGACGCUGUGACUGAACCCAGAGUUCACAAUCAACUAAACCCCAAUGUGACUGAAUUUGAGAAAGAAAUGGAGAAGGCUAUACAAGAAGGCUUGCAAGAGAGACAGCACACAUUGAAGAUGGUAACCAACCUUCUUUCAGGUGGUAUAGUCCAGGCCAUCGUCAGAGACAAAGGAAAGUGGUUUGUUGAAUCAGACUACCGUAAAGAGGGCAGGCCUGCAGGUUACUGA